GACCAAACGAGCCUGACAUAGAAUCGUAAAUAAAAUACUACAAACGGGAUUUAACACGGUUUCGGGCCACAGUAGGAACAUACACCUCGGGUACUUUGUAAGCGGCGUGAAAGACAACAUGGGAUGUGCAACGUCAUCCGAGAUGCAGGUAGCAUCCAUGACCCCGUAUCCUAGGCAACAACAGCAGCAACAACAACAAUACUACAAUACUAACACUCAGAAACCAGUCGCGAACGUGCAGCCACAGGUGUAUCCACCACAACAGCAAGUCACGCAACAGCAGCAGCCAGCACAAGAAAAAACACCAUCAGCACCACCGCCACAACAACAACAACAACAACAGCCCCAAGCCGUGCAGACACAACCCAAAGGACAGCCAGUAACCAUGGAGAUGUUGAAGCGAUAUAUGACAUUGGAGAAAGAGAUUCGUGAGCUGGAGAGAAAGAACGUCGUAGGAAAUCUGCAGAUGAAGAAAGAACAGCUGUUAGACAUAAAGAAGACGGAGGCUCAGCUGGAGAAAUACUACAACGAAGUCUGCAAGAAAGUAGAGAAGGAGAAAGCUGAUGUCGACAAGAUGAAUGAACCUAGUGUGCGUCAAUUCUUUGCCGAUCAACAGACGUUCGAUGCAACAUUGUCGAAAGAACAGGAGGAGUACCUGGAGGCGGUGGGGGAACAGGAAGUGGCCAAGAAACAGCUGGACGGGAUAAAAGAGCAGACCAAAGGACUCGACAGCGAGGUGAAAUCCUUAGACGCAGACGUUGAACGGCUCAAGAAAUUGUACGACGAACAGGACGAACUUCUGGAUAAGAUUUUCAGCGGUGAGUACGGCAGCGACCUUGAGAACCGUCUGGAGCGAGAAGUGGACAUGCUAUUGGACGAGAAGGAACGUGUGGGCGUGGCCAAGUACAAGUGGACCAACUCGAGGGUCCUUCUCCAACACGCGUGCAACCAGCUGGCGUUCGCGGUCCGGCGUUGGGAGGAUCUUGCAGGCGUCCACCCCAGCAAUGUCCAGCUGCGGUACCAGAUCGCCACGGAGACGAGGAACAACCUGAUAGCCGCCAGUCAGAACAUGACGAGUGCCCAGCGCUACUUGGCCCCGAUACAGUUCCCCUACUGUCAGCCCGCCGAGAUAGAAACGCUUGAUCGCGCCUGUAAAAACAUCUACAUCGACAUGCAGACGCCAGACCGACAGAAACACGCGCUCCAGUGUUACAGCAUCACGCACAAACGAGCCGCCGCACUCUUACAGUGGUUUGACAGCGUGAUUAACAAAUCAAUCCACAAGGACAUGGAGACGGCCACGAAAUCACUGGGCACCAAGGAAGGAGAACUCCGUAAAGAGAGACUGAGACUCAUCAAGGAAAGAAUGGGACAGGAACUUGGACCGGAGGCUAUUUCAGAUCCUGAAGACACGAAGGGCGGAGAGGAGGAGGUGAAUGUGUCUGUGAGUAAACCUGAUGUUGUCACCGGAGCAGAAGGCUUGUCACAGGGGAGUGCCGACGAACAGGCCACGUUGAAAUCUGGUGAAGACCACGCCCGGGAUCCGACUCCGUUACCGACCAACGAGUUAGCCCCAGCUCCGUCCAGCGAUGAACUGUUUGGUAAUAUAGAGCAGUUGAAAAAACAACAUGAGCAGGAGCUGAAGGAAUUUGAGAAAGCUCAGGAGAUGAACAAGGCGAGGAUGGAACAAGGUCUGCAGGAGAAGUUGAAAAUGAGGCGCAGUCGACGGCAACGCAUCGAGGAACAACAGACACAGUCAGACGUCGCCCCGGCAACCGCCUGAAAACCAGACACAGUCAGACAUUGCCCCGGCAACUGCCUGAACACGUCUGUAACUGAUGUUAUAAAGAAUGUUUAAACUCUCAAUCAAUUCUCGUGUAAAUAUUUUAUAUUGGAUGAGUUUUUUAGGAACUCCGAACUCGAGCAUACACAAAAUGUCUGCUAUUGAUGCUAAGAAAAUAAUGUUUUAAUUUGCAGUCAUUUAUGAUGUAAAUAUUUUACAAUGUAUGGAUUUUUUAAGGAACUCAGAACAAACAAAAUGUCUGCUUCAGAUGCUUUGUUUUAAUUCGUAAUCAAUUAUGUUUGUAAACAUUAUAUAAUAUUUAUGGAUUUUUUCAGAAAUUCAUAACAUAUAGCAAACAAAAUGUCAUGUUAUAAUGAAAACGUUUAAAUAUCAAUCAAUUCUAGGGUAAAUAUUUUUAACGAAUGCAUUUUUAGAGACUCGAUCAGAACAUAAGAAAAAGUUUAGUAUUUUUUUUAUUGAUGCUAUAACAUUUUGUAAAAUGUCAGUGAUUGACUAAAAAUGUUUAAAAUCCACAAAAAAAAACCCUACAAAAAAUAAAAAACUCACAAAAAUACCCUCAACUACGUGGAUCGAAACACUUUCUGCUUAAAGGUGCUAUGUCAAAGUUGCAAUAAUGGCGGUUUAUAAAUUUUUGCUUUUAAACAAAGUUUAUACCUUCAGCUAUAUGCCUACUAAACAUUACAACCGAAGAAUUCCAUUUCCUGGUGUAUUUAUUUUAUUUUAAUUUGGGGGGGGGGGGAGAAUGUUGAGAGUAUGUCACAUGCAUUAACAAGUGACGUCACUGUUUUAUGCGUACACAUUCAACACACUAAGUUUUUUUUUGCCAUAAUUGUUUGCAGACAACUGACAAAUAAACGAAGAUGGUGACCAUGCUAUAUUUAGCCACGAAUUAUUCGGGAAAUUCAGUACAAGACUUUAAAAUUUUUAUUAUUCUUGAGUUAUUUAUAGAAAUAUUAUGCAUAAAAUAAAUAAAUUUGUAGUUCUUUCUGGGGCGUAGCCAGAGAGGAAAAAACGCUGAG